ACUGUUCUGAACUGUUGAGGACAAGGAGACCCAAUCAGGAUUACCAAGAGCAGGACUUCACAGUAGAGGACCUACUACUAGACAAUACUUCAAGAAAAGACGUGCCCCUAGGUAAAAGUAAUGGUGCACAUCUGCAGGCUGCUUAUGGUGAUGGGGAUGUUGCUGUGUCUAAGUGCCCAGUUUGCCAGCUCUCAGCACUGGUCUCAUGGCUGGUACCCUGGAGGAAAGAGAGAAAUAGACACUUACGAUACCUCAGAGAUUUCAGAGGAAAUUAAACUCUGUGAGGCAGGAAAAUGCAGCUACCUGAGACCCCAGGAGAGAAAUAUUGUGAAGACAAUACUGCUGGAUGCGCUCAUCAGGGAUUUUCAAAAGAGAAAGUGACAUCAUGAUGCCUUCUCAGCCAGUGUCCAAAGAAAUGUCCUUUUCAGCCACUUUUCCAUGUAAAUGGUGUUAUUUGUCAUUUCUGUAAAUUUGUGUAUGUCCUGUCUUUUGUUUAAG